AUGUUAAGACUAGCUCUGUCUUCCCAGAACCGAACCUUCGUGUCAGCCGUCAUGGCCAGCCUGGUCGUCCACGUGACUGACUCCGACCUGGACAUGGUGGACAAAGUGAUGCACAAUUCCCACGGCAUCACCCGCUGGUCCUGCUACAGCGCCGCCCUCGACGUCUUCGACAAGGGCUGCUUCCGAUUGGCUGAGAACCCGUACGCCCUGCGAGUACUCCAGCCCAUAGUCAACCUCUGCGAACACGGCUACACGGCGGAGCAGUUCGCCCGCGCUGUUCAAGCCGUUUGCACUCACGACCCGGUCAGAGGCAUGGAGCACCUGACAAAACAGUCAAAUUCCCCUACAGACAUGAUAUUCGAUUCGAUGACUGUCAUAUCAAACCAAGUGCUUAAGUACAAAGUUUGGGAGUAUGCAUGGAUAGGUAUAUGA